GUCGUGUCCAGCCUGAAGCGUGGCUGCAGACCUUGAUCUAGACCUCGACGAAGAUGAGAGUAUACAACACGACGUGCUUUUUUCCUUUUUCGACGAUGAUCAACAACAUUCUCUUUUUUUGGUUUGCUGAUCAGCGACGAUGUGAAACGAUGAACUAUUGCCGCCAUGAUGGCGUGUAGCAACGCCCGCGGCGACGCUUGUAAGUAGGUUUGUCGAAUAGAGUAAAAAGCCUAAGAUUUCUUUUCCCAAGCGAAAUAAGUAGUCUUGCGGCGUAGUUUUAUCUCUCUCGUAGUCUUACAUAGUAUAGUACUAGCGGAAGUAGAAGUUUCCUCUCGAGUACGGAAAGAUGUCGCUCGACGUGCAGUACAGCGAGGGGCGCAAGGAGCAGAACGUGAAUCACAAGUCACCCAAGCUCGCGGCGCUGCUCGACUCCACCGUGCGCGUGACCGUGACGGAUGGGCGCAUUCUGGAGGGCUACCUCUGGUGUGUCGACGGAAUGAAGAACAUAAUCUUGCUCUCGACCAUCGAGCGGGCGUUUUUGGACGAGGAGUCCGAGCGAGAGGCAAUAGAAGCGGAGGCGAAGGCGAUAGAAGAGAUGUCGGCGGGGCAGGGCGCCGACUCUCUGUCAAAACUCCAGUUGAACGACAUUCGAAGAGCAAAGCUCGCGAAGAUGACCGAGCGCAACGUGUCGCUGAUCAUGGUACCUGGGCCCCAUAUAGUGAAGUUUGAAGUGUUAGAGUCAGUGGCAAGGAAAGUUCUCGAGGGGAAGAACGCGAAUCCCUGGGGCACGCUGUCUGGCGGCCUGAUGCAGAAAAUGGCCGAGGUACAGGCGGUUAGUACCCGAACUACUGGGGUAAUUUGAACACUCCUACGUGUAGAUUCAAUUUGAACGCAAAAAUCUUCCCGAGGACGACCCAAAUGUCGGAAAGCGGUCCCGGAUUGUUGGAUCGUACCACGCGACAGCGCAAAGAAGCGACAGUAUGCAUGGAAGAAUUGGCCGCGCCAUAAUUGAUCGAGAUCGAUUCUCCUCGUUUCUGCUACUGAAACUGAAAGAGGAGGCUGUUCUACUUCCGCUACGACUAAAUUCUGCAAGUUCAACUGCUACAGCUACGUCGGUGCAUUCCGAUCAAAAUGCUUGGCGACAAAAGUUCUACUUCUCAGAAGAUGGAAAUCUAACCAGCCCAGCCUGCUCGAUGAACAAUAUAGAAGAAGCAAAGGAAAAAAUCGAUGAAAUCCGAUACCAAGUGUAUCAUCUCGG